AUGGAUGCCGCCGCCGUCAGGGGCUUGCUUGUCGCAAGCUUGGACCCCGAUGCGGACAACCGGCGUCGCGCUGAGCUUCAACUCAAGCAGAUCGAAGCGACGACUGGCUUUCUAGAUUGCCUUCUCAACAUCCUCCAGGCUGAGCAAGAUUCUAGCAUCCGUCUAUCGACCGUCAUCUACGUCAAGAACCGAGUCAACCGUGCCUGGUAUGACCCCGACCCAUCAUCGGCCGAAAAGGCCAUCGCCGAGGAGGAAAAGAUCCGUGUUAGGGACCGCCUCGUGCCCGUCAUGGCCGCCUCCGAACCCAUCAUCCGCCAGCAGUUGAUACCCGUCCUGCAGCGCGUCCUGCAGUGCGACUUCCCCAGCCGCUGGCCCCGCUUCAUCGACUUCACCAUGGAGCUCCUCAACAUCAACGACCCCGGUUCCGUCCUCGCCGGUCUGCAGUGUCUGCUUGCACUCUGCCGCGCCUUCCGGUACAAGGGCGUGGAGAGCCAGGACAGGCAGCACUUUGACAAGGUCGUCGAGGCUAGUUUCCCCCGUCUGCUGGCCAUCUGCAACGAGCUUGUCACCCAGGAAAGCGACCAGGCUGGCGAGAUGCUGCACCUCGCCCUCAAGGCUUACAAGCAUGCUACCUUUUUGGAGAUACCCUCCUAUCUCCGAAACGAACAGGUCAAUAUCGGAUGGUGCACCGUCCUCCUCCAGACCGUCUCCAAGACUCUCCCCGCCAGAGCCAUGGCCGGCGAUGAGUUCGACCGCGAGAAGCACCACUGGUGGAAGGCCAAGAAGUGGGCUUACUCGAGUCUCAACCUCCUCUUCAUCCGCCACGGAAACCCUUCGAGCCCCGGCAAGGGAGACGAGGCCAUGGCCUUUGCCAAGCACUUCAUCACCAACAUUGCGCCUGAAAUCAUGAAGCACUACCUGCAGGAGAUUGAGAAGUGGGUGGCCAAGACGGCCUGGCUGAGCCGACCCUGCCUGUCCUACACAAUCAUCUUCCUGGACGAGUCAGUGCGGCCCAAGGAGAUGUGGAUUCACCUCAAGCCUCACUUGACCAAUCUGGUGACGCACUUCGUCUUCCCCAUCCUGUGCUUGACAGCGGACGACCUGGAGAAGUUUGAGGACGAGCCCGAAGAGUACCUGCACCGCAAGCUCAACUACUUCGAGGACGCGUCGGCCCCCGACGUGGCCGGCGUCAACUUCCUCGUCAACCUGACCAAGAACCGCCGCCUCGAGACGUUUGAGAUCCUCAAGUACGUCAACCACGUCGUCAACGAGUAUGAGCAGUCGCCCGACGACAAGAAGAACCACAUCGCCAAGGAGGGCGCGCUCCGCAUGAUUGGCACGCUGGCGCCCGUCAUCCUGGGCAAGAAGAGCCCCAUCGCUGGCCAGGUCGAGUACUUCCUCGUGCGCUACGUCUUCCCCGAGUUCAGCAGCCCGCACGGCUACCUGCGUGCGCGGGCCUGCGACACGAUUGAGAAGUUUGAGCAGCUCAACUUCCAGGACCAGAACAACCUGAUGAGCAUCUACCGCCACAUCCUCGACUGCAUGGCCGACCCGGCGCUCCCCGUGCGCGUCACGGCUGCCCUGGCCCUGCAGCCGCUGAUCCGGCACGACGUGAUCCGCAACGAGAUGCAGUCGGCCAUCCCAACCAUCAUGCAGCAGCUCCUCAAGCUGGCCAACGAGGCUGACAUCGAUGCCCUCGCCAACGUUAUGGAGGACUUUGUCGAGGUCUUCGCCGCCGAGCUAACCCCCUUCGCCGUCGCCCUUUCGGAGCAGCUCCGCGACACCUACAUGCGCAUCGUCCGCGAACUCCUCGAGAAGGAGGCCCAGGCCGGCGACGACGGCGACGGCCUCACAGACUACGACGACAAGAGCAUCACCGCCUUGGGUGUCCUGCAAACCAUCGGGACCCUCAUCCUCACCCUCGAGAGCACACCCGACGUCCUUCUCCACAUCGAGGCCGUCCUGAUGCCCGUCAUCAAGGUGACGCUUGAGAACAAGCUCUACGACCUCUACAAUGAAGUAUUCGAAAUCAUCGACAGCUGCACCUUUGCGGCCAAGAGCAUAUCGCCCAACAUGUGGCAGGCAUUCGAGCUGAUCCACACGACCUUCAAGUCGGGAGCCGAGUACUACCUGGAGGACAUGCUCCCGGCACUGGACAACAUUGUGCAGUACGGCGCGCCGCAGCUGGUGCAGAACCCUGAGUAUAUCGAGGCGCUGUACUCGAUGAUUGCCGACAUGUUCACCGACGACGUCCAGGGUCUGGAGAGGAUAAGCGCGUGCAAGCUGGCCGAGGAGAUGAUGCUGUGCCUCAAGGGCUACAUUGACCGCUGCGUCGAGGGCUUCAUCGGCAUGGCCAUGGGCAUCCUGGCAACGCAGGACGUCAAGGUCCGGACGUCGAGAAUCCACCUCAUGGAGAUGGUCAUCAACGCCAUCAGCUACAGCCCCCUGCUCGCCCUGCAGGUGCUGGAGAGCAAGGGGUGGACCAACCGCUUCUUCAGCCUCUGGUUCAGUAACAUGGGCUCCUUCAGCCGCGUCCACGACAAGAAGCUCUGCAUCAUCGCCAUCACCGCCCUGCUCAACCUCAACCACGACCAGGUGCCCGCCAGCAUCUCGGUGGGAUGGCCGCGACUGCUACAGGGUGUUACCGAGCUGUUCAUGUCCCUGCCCAACGCUAUGAAGAACCGUGAGGAUGCUCUCCGUGAUGAUUUCCAAUUUGGCGGAUCCUACGACUACGCCGACGACGACGAAUGGGCAGACGAAGAGGCCAACUGGGAUGGCGGCGACGAAGUGGCUGCGGCUGCGGUGGGAGCUGUGGAGUCCCAGCAGCAGCAGCAGCAGCAGGGUGGCGCCACUGAUGCCAAGGAUGAGAGUGCUGCCUAUCUCGAGUUCCUCAACGAAGAGGCGCAAAAGUUUAGUCACGUGGUUGACGACGACGACGACGGUGAUCUCGGAGAGGACAACUUCCUGGACUCGCCGCUUGACAAGAUUGAGCCCUAUCAGCUGUUCAAGAGUGUUAUGUUACGCAUGCAGCAGGAGCAGCCCCAGUUCUACGGAUCCCUCACCGGACAGCUCACGGCUGACCAGCAGACCGUCCUCCAACAGGUCAUGGUGCGAGCCGACGAGAUCGCCAUCGAGCAGGCCCGAGCUGCGGAGGCGGCCAACCUUGCUGCCCAGCAGGCUGCGAGUGGCGUGGCCCCUGCUAGUUAG